AUGGCCGAGUGGUCGUCGGAAACAGAAGAGAAAUUCUUCUGGAAUAAGAACAUGUUCAAGAAAAACAUCAAACGAAAGAACAAACUCAUGGCAGCAACGAAGAACAAGCAGAUGGAGGAGUUGGCGAAAUACUCUUCCUGUCAAGGCAUUGACAACCCUUGUAAUUGCAAGGGUUACAAGCAUCACAAUCAGAGCCUGGAUAUUGGUGAUGAUGACCAGCGGUUAAACGAAAUUGGGGAAACGUGUAGAGCGUGUAAACAUUCCAAACGAUCUCAUUACAAGCACCUUCAGGAGCUUCCAUUGGACCGGAUACACGAGUUGCUGGGUUAUGUGGUAGAUCUUGAAUCACUGUACGAAUGUUUGUUGUUGAAUCCCGAAGAUGACUUCCGUCGCGACAUCUAUGUUCAUCUGUACAAGGUGCUGAGAGAAGCAGUGACGAAAAACACGCGGAAAACGCAGUUGACUUGCGGGUUCCACGACCCUCCAUUCCAACGGCCGUCGAUCGCGGACGCCGUGGAGAUCUUCAUCGUGAAGCACUACCGAACCGCCACGGAAAGCGAGUGGCAAUGCCUGUUUGACGCCGCCAAAAUCGUGCUUUUGUUCCUCAAGAACUGGCGCCUCGACACGCCGAUGGAAUUCGAAGCGAGUCGGUCAUCAGUCAAGUCGGACGCCGCUUCCUCCGCCGCCACCGCGGCCUCCUCCGACAAGAAAAAGCGGCGACGCGGCGGCGGCAGCAGCAGCAGCGUUGGUGGUGGCGCCGGCGGCGAAGACAAGGACGAGUUUUCUGCCUACAAGCUCAUGUUUACGCGUUGGGUGAGCUUUUGUUGGGCGCCGUCUAUUUGCUCGUCGUUGCCCAAGUACGCCGUGACGGAGGUGUUCGGGCGGAACUUUCUCCGCGCCACGUUUGCGAGUUUCCGUCGGGACUUGGAGCAGAAGUUGAAGGAGGAGGCGGACACGUUGACGGACAAGAUGCGAGGGUUCAUGAGCAAAGUGCUGGCGAGGUUUUUGAACGACUUUGAGGCGACUUUGUGGGACGACGAGUCGUAUGUGUGGGACGCCGAGCGGUUGUUGACGCCGGCGGAUUUCCCGAGAUUCGUCGUGGGCGACGGGAAAGGCAGGCCAGGUGGCGGCGGUGGCGGUGCUGAGGCCGGAAAGUCGAAACGGCCUGGAAAAAGACCCAAGCCGGAAGAAGACGACGAUGCGUCGGAAGCCAAGCGUCGGUGUUUCCUCGAGUCUGGGAAACAAGACUUGCCCCCGGAACACCUGGCUGCCCUGACCGCGUGUUCCUCAGCAGCAUCCACGUCAUCAUUUUUAUCCAACGUGCUUCUGUCUCCGAUGCCCAGGGCCCCCGAACACGCGGCCAGGGAUGAAGGGGCCAAGGCGGAAGAAGCCCGGGGUCUGAUCUCGUUCCACAUGCUGGGCAAUGCCAUCAAGAGCCGGUGUGUGACCCCGUUGGAAAUGGAGUGGCUGGUGGGACUGCAGAAUGUGUUUUCGCACCAGUUGCCCAAGAUGCCCAAGGAGUACAUCACCAGGCUGCUGAUGGACCCGAAACACAAGACACUGACCCUGGUGAAAGAUGGCCGACCGAUUGGUGGGAUCUGCUUCAGGUGUUUCAAGCCUCAGGGCUUCACAGAGAUCGUGUUUUGCGCUGUGACGAGCAGUGAACAAGUCAAAGGCUACGGCACCCACCUCAUGAACCACCUGAAGGACUACCAUGUCAGAAUAGGUGUGCUUCAGUUCCUCACCUACGCUGACGAAUUCGCCAUUGGCUACUUCCGCAAACAGGGUUUCACUGCAGAGUAUCCAGCAGUUCCGUCUGCUCACGUCUACUCGGGGUACAUUAAGGAGUACGAAGGUGCGACUUUGAUGGGCCUGGUCCUGAACCCAGUCAUACGAUACACGGACUUCACAGCUGUCAUCAGGCGGCAAAUCGCCAUAGUUCGACAAAUCGUGGAUGACACUGGCCACAAACUGGCUGCAGUGGAGCAUAAAGCGCUCAAGGACUCGAAAAAGUUUCAGGCCCACGGUCCGCUGUUGGAGUACUUUCCAGGGGUAUCAGAUGGGAUUGUCAUACCGGAGUUGAGUGAUGGCAAGGUGGAGGAGGGUGGGAAAGAUGGACGGAUGGGUUCUCGGAGAACCGGGGUUGUGUUUGCUGCGGAUGCGCACAAGAAGCUCACCCAGGUGCUGCAUGGGUUGCUGCAUGCUGUGAUGAAGCAUCAGAGUGCGUGGCCGUUUCUCAAGCCAGUGUCUGUGGAAAUUGCGCCUGAUUAUUAUGAGCAUGUCAAGUUUCCCAUGGAUUUGAGCACAAUGGAGAAGCGACUGAAACACGGUUAUUAUAGACACCAGCGACUAUUCAAAGCAGACUUGACCAGGAUGGUGAGCAACUGCAAGUUUUACAAUUUACCAGAAACCGAGUACUACAAGUUGGCAGAAAAGCUGGAGAAGUACUUCUUGACCAGGUGGAAAGAGCUAGGCUUGGAUGACAUGUGAAGAAAACAUUUUUUUUAGAGAGAUCGAAACGUAUGUUUUUUUAUAAAUCAUCCAAGUGUGAACUUUUUGGCUCUUUGAAAAGUGAUGUGCUGUGCUGUGGAUCUGCUCCCGCAUUAAAAAUACCCUAAAUUAUGAAAAGAAAAAAAAUA